AUGUGGCCAGAAUUAAGCCUAUGUGCUAUUGCACAUGUCCUCACACUUUCAACUGGCGUUGCAGCUCUCGCGCAAUCGCCAGAAGUGUACCCAUCACAACGCGAAACAGCAGCUGGAAAGGGAGCAGGAUCCUGGAAAGAUGCAUAUGCCAACGCGCGCAAGUUGGUUGAUCAGUUGACUUUGGAAGAAAAGCUCAAUAUCACACGUGGAUAUCCCAGUGACAACACCUGCGCUGGAAACACAGGCUCUAUCCCACGUCUGGGAUGGCCUGGCAUGUGCUUGCACGACGCAGGCAAUGGUGUCAGAGCAACAGAUCUUGUUAACGCAUACCCAUCGGCUAUUCACAUUGGCGCGAGUUGGGACAAGAACUUGACGUAUCACCGUGGCUACUGGAUGGGCAAAGAGUUUAAGACUAAAGGAGUAAAUGUCGUGCUGGGACCCAAUGCUGGAGCGCUUGGCAGGACACCUUUGGGUGGUCGCAACUGGGAGGGCUUUUCAGUCGAUCCGUACCUGUCAGGACAGCUGAGUGCAGAAACCAUCGUUGGUCACCAAGAUGCGGGUGUGAUUGCCAAUCUCAAGCACUUCAUCGGCAAUGAGCAAGAGACCUACAGAAGACCUUACUUCGGUGUGGAGGCGGUGUCAUCUAAUAUUGACGACAAGACGCUGCAUGAGCUCUAUCUGUGGCCCUUCGUCGACGGUGUCAAGGCUGGCGCAGCAUCGGUUAUGUGCUCGUACAACAGAAUCAACAACACGUACGGCUGCGAAAACAGCAAGCUCAUGAACGGUAUUCUAAAAGGCGAGUUGGAAUAUGAUGGGUUUGUUUUGCUUGACUGGAAUGCACAGCACAAUCUUCAGAGUGCCAACUCCGGCCUGGAUAUGGUUAUGCCAACUGGAGGAAGUUGGGGCCAAAAUUUGACAGCAGCUGUCAAAAAUGGAACUGUCAGUGAGUCAAGAGCGAGUGACAUGGCCACAAGGAUUCUGGCCGCUUGGUUUCUUGUUGGGCAGGACCAAGACUUCCCAACUCCCGGAGUCGGUAUGAAGAACCUUACAGAACCCCACGAGCAAGUCGACGCUCGUGACCCCCGCUCAAGAUCAAAUAUACUCGAGGGAGCCAUUGCCGGCCAUGUCCUUGUAAAAAACGAGAACGGCGCGCUGCCUUUCCAAAAACCACCCAAGAUGAUCUCAGUGUAUGGAUACGAUGCAACAGUACCGGACACAAAAAACACAGAUAAGCUAUUUGAGCUCGGAUACUAUUCGUCCGCCGAGAUGGGCCAGGCUGUCCUAGGCACCGAAAGACAUUUCGACCAAGCAGCCAAGGGUGGAACUAUUAUCAGUGGAGGACGUGCUGCAGCAAAUGCACCGCCCUACAUUCUCGAUCCUCUCAGCUCUAUCCAACACAGAGCUUCCCAAGACGGGAGCUGGGUGAACUGGGAUCUGACAUCUUUCAACCCUACUGUUAAUGCUGCCAGUGACGUCUGCCUUGUUUUCAUCAAUGCUAUUGCAACCGAGGCGUGGGAUCGAGACGGUCUUCACGAUGAUUUCAGUGACGGCCUUGUUCUCAACGUAGCCUCCAAGUGUUCUAACACCAUUGUCGUCAUCCACGCUUCCGGAAUACGCCUGGUUGAUCAGUGGAUCGAGCACCCCAACAUCACGGCAACCGUGAUCGCUCAUUUACCUGGCCAGGACAGUGGAGAGGCGCUUGUGCAGCUUCUCUACGGCGAGGCGUCUUUCUCCGGAAAAUUGCCCUAUACACUUGCAAAGAACGAGAGCGACUACUCAGUUUACAAGCCUUGUGGGCGUGGUGAGACCAAUACAACAACUCCUCAGUGCGACUUUACGGAGGGCGUUUACAUCGACUACAGAGACUUUGACGCCAAAAACAUCACUCCAAGAUUUGAGUUUGGGUAUGGAUUGACCUACACAAGUUUCGAGUACUCUUCAGUCUCCGUGAAAACCCAGAAGGCUGAAACAGGUGCCGCCGCGAAUUCCGACGCCCUCUGGUCUACCGUUGCCACCGUCUACGCUUCGCUGAACAAUACGGGCUCUCGUGCAGGAGAAGAGGUUUCUCAGCUCUAUUUGGCCAUUCCUAACAGCCCGCCUAAACAACUUCGUGGCUUUGAGAAAGUGCCUCUUGAAAGUGGACAAGGCGCCAAACUGCAGUUUGAGUUGACAAGGCGGGACCUGAGUGUGUGGGAUGUCGUGAGUCAGAAGUGGACACUUCAGCAGGGCGAAUACACUGUUUUCGUGGGUUCUAGUAGUAGAGACCUGCCUCUGUCUAAGAGUUUCACGAUCUAA